GUCACGUGACGCAUUCAUAGUUCAAAUGUGACAACUGGCUGUACGAUCAACAAGCUGAGAAAAAUACCAAUUAGAAACACCAUGGCCACUGUGGAAGUAAGGGGAGACAACUCCGGGUUUGUUGACAACUGGCAAAGUGGGAAGUCUUUAGCGCAGUGUAACCUCCACAUGUUGACCUCCGAGGACUCUUGUGACGUCGACUUCCGGGUUGGGAAAGAAGAGAAGCUAGUCCGAGCUCACCGAUAUGUGCUUAUGAGUCGGAGUUGUGUGUUCCACACCAUGUUGUGUGGCCCCCUGGCGGAGAAAGAAGACAUCAAGGUACCUGACGUGGAGGAAGAACUAUUCACUGAAAUGUUAAGGUACCUGUACACAGACACGUCAUCGCUGACUGCUGAGAAUGUGACAGGUGUGUUGUACCUGGCCAAGAAGUACGCCGUGGUGGGUCUUGAGCGUCUGUGUGUGACUUACCUGGAAUCCUCCCUGACAGCAGAGAACGCCUGUGUCAUCUUGGAACAAGCCCACGUGUUUGAUGAGGAGGAACUCUUUGGCAGGGCUCUCAAGGUCAUUGUACAGAAUGGAGAUGUCGCUGUUCGGAGCCCUGGCUCUACCGGUCUUUGCGGUUCGUGUUUUCAUAGAGUUGUAAGUGCAGAGGAAUUUAAAGCCUCAGAUGAUACAACUUUUAAUGCUGUCCUCUCAUGGACUGAGGCAGAAUGUAAACGUCAAGGAAGGGAGAUCACUCCGGAAAACAAACGUCUUGUUCUUGGAGAAACAGUGUAUGAAAUUGACUUUACCUCAAUGGACAUGAAACUGUUUGCUAAAACAGUUGUACCGUCUGGGAUAUUAUCGGGCGAUGAAUGUACAAAGUUGUUGUGUUACCUCGUCUCACCUGAUACUGAUGUGGCACCUUUCAAGAUAAAGUCAAAACUUAACAUGGGGGUGGCUCUGUAUGCAGAUCGAAUUCACACAGGACACGGUCAGGAGAACUCCAGCAUCAUUCUCUCGUGCAGCAAGAACAUGCGUCUGACUGGCCUCUGGGCAUUUGGUAAUGACCGCUGCACAUACAACAUUUCUCUGUAUGAAGAACAGCAGACAAAGCACUAUGACAGUUACGGACUAUCUACUACUGUUGAGAAGUGGGUUAAAAGAGAAGUAUCAACUGUCUUAGAGAGAAGUAUUUCCAGUGAAGUCCAACUGCAACUGUCAGAGGCAUUGUUGUUAAACAAUAAUGUCAGAUAUAAAAUUAAAAUGACAAGAAAAUCAAAUGAAAAUGAAUGGUCAAGAUCUUCCGUAUUCAACAACAUCACAUUGGGUAAAAGUAAGAUAUCAAUUGCAAACGAAAACGGCCCAGGUAUGAUCUCGAGACUCAUUUUGGAGGAAGUGUAUUGAUCUAUCUUGUGAUUCUUAGCCGUUAUUCAUAUACUAUUUCUACUAUAAUUUCUGAUAAUCCUACAAAAACCCAAAUUGCAUAUAUUGUUGAAUGUGUGAAACGACCCUUGAUCUUGACAAUGUACAUUAUUAAAUUAGCAAAUAACAAUCGGCAACUAGUGUUUUAUUAGUAACAUCCUGUUUGGGUAAUAACUAAAACACCUGCUGCCCUCGGCCCGAAUCCACACAAAAAAUGCCUGUCAGGGAUUAAUCGUCUGAGUAAACAACUGAAGGCAUCUUUAGUGUUGUGACUGAGGUGACAUAAGUUGCGGACAAGGUAACGAAAUGGAUGAGCAGACGGAAAAUAGACGUCAUGUAUUGACAGAUCCGAGACUGAGUGUCGACCGGUCGUCAUGAUCGUUGCAAUUGCGCAGUGUAUCAAACACUGGGAACUGGUUUUAACCCCGGUAACGGGAAUCCCCUCAGUGGCGGAAUUUUUCAUUUGGUGGACGAUGUCGCCUGUCAUUUUUUGAGGACUGUUUUACGCUUUUCCCCUUUUGCCUAUUUAAUUUUUGUCAAGUAUUUGUGAUUAAUUAUGCCAAAAAAAGACAUUAACAUCUGCAAAGUUUCAAUGUUGACUUUACUUGCCCUUUAAGCUCUGAAACAAUACAUUUUACUUGUUAGGCUUGUUUAAGAUCGAAAAGUAUGUUUCAGGAAAAUAUACAUCUCAUUUAGUGAGGCAUGUCAUCAGGCAGAUAUUUCAUGGCCCGCCAUCUUGGACUCUGAUGCUACAGGUAUAUCCUACCACGUCCGUUGUUUUAUUGCUAUACUAUUAAUAUAUUCUACAGUAUGUAAAGAUAAUAUUAGUGCGCGGUGGUAAGUACGGAAUGUUUUUAGAAUGUUUUAUUAAUGUACAAUUUUAAGAAAAGUUAUGUAUGUCAAUUUUUUAUAAGAUGUAACUGUUUAUAAGUGCUGUAUUUAUUAAACGUGUAGGGUGACGAUGAACGGGGGUAUGUAUUAUAGGCAUGCGUUUGACAAUAUCUUGUCUGUAAUGAGUCUGAAUGAUGAGCUUGCUAUACAUCUCUAUAUAGAAUAUGUCUACACUUCCUUACUGUAUCGCUAUAAUGAGUACAUCUCUGUAGUCUGAUGUUUAAAUGCUUGCUAUAUAUCCGAAAUAUAUUAUCUAUGUAGAAAAGCUCUACACUAUAUUGGUUGCUUGUUAAGGCAUUUUAUUUAGUGUCAUUGUUUAAUGUGUUUGGAUACACAUUCAACCCAUUUCUUUUUAUAAUACUGCUUCAGUAGAAAUCUGUUUCGUUUUGCAUAGAUUAUUAAUAAAUAUA